AAGAAAAUGGAAGAGGAAAACAGAGUUACUCUUCAUGGAAUGUGGGCUAGCCCUUAUGUGAAGAGAGUAGAACUAGCUCUAAAAGUAAAAGGAAUACCUUAUGAGUAUGUGGAAGAAGAUUUGCUGAACAAAAGUGCAUUGCUGCUCAAAUACAAUCCCAUUCACAAGAAAGUACCAAUACUUGUUCAUAAUGGAAACCCAAUAUCUGAGUCCUCUGUAAUUCUCGAAUACAUUGAUGAGACAUGGAAGAAUGAGUCACCACUAUUUCCACAAGAUCCUUAUCAAAGAGCUAAAAUUCGAUUCUGGGCUUCAUACAUCCACCAGGUGUAUGAUUGCAUGCUGAAGGUGUUCAGAGGAGAAGAACAAGACAAAGCAUUAGAGGAAUUUUACGCGAAAUUGAGUGUGCUGGAAGAUGGAAUUAACAACACCUCACUGGGGAUAACAACUAAUAUGAACAACAUAGGUAUGCUGGAUAUUAUGAUUGUUAUUACAUUAGGGGCAUACAAAGUACAAGAGGAAGUAUUUGGUUUUAAGUUAUUGGAUGCAGAGAAGACGCCAUUGUUAUACUCAUGGGUCACUACUCUAAUUGAGUUGCCUAUAGUUAAAGGAAUCACUCCCCCUCAUGACAAGGUGGUUUCAUUUCUUCAAUAUCUCAAAAAUAAGGUCUUCAAAGCUACCCCUCAUGCCAAUUAAGCUUUGUGUUUGUUUAUGUCCAUCUCAAUUCUCUUGUCAUGUAUUUUGCUCUCUAUAAUAAGCCCUAUGGCCAUUGGAUUCCCAAAGUUUCUUACAUUUUUUAUGACCAAGUUAUUUUUUUGAUGUUUUAUCAA